CUCAAAAUUAUGCUUCUUAGAAGGUUGUCGCCAUCAUCGUUGCCAUUGCGAAUACUUCCGUCACAAACCUCAAUACCCUUUGCACGGGAUGCCCGGCUGUCGCGGAAGUUUGCAACUUCACCCGGAGAUGUGUCCGUCUCUGGCGUGAGUGAAGUCCAAGGACCACUGGACACCCCAUCCAUAAAGACACUUGUCUGGGAGACGUCCGCACCGCUUGUCAUCAGAAAUGGCCACGACCUUCCAGCCAUCACCAAGUGGUUCGCAAGCGGACAUGGUGAGCGCUCGCCAGCAUUUACAGAGUACUUCCGCAGCUUCGAGGAGUUGUACAUGCCGUACGAGUUCACAACGGAUCUGAGCCACAGCAAAGGCUGGAAUACAUUUCUCGAGUGGAUGCGCGGACAUUCGUCAGUGCAGGUGCCCGCCCUGGAAGACAUCAUAAGCUCUUCCCUCUCCCGAGCGCAAGACGGUCCUGCUACGUUUCACCAGUUUCAAGCUCCCCUGCAGCUGUUGACCUGCGCAAGCCAGUAUAACUGCAACGCCCACGAGGACAGCCUUCUCACGCAGCUAUACAUUGCCCAAUCGGACAUUGGGGAAUUACCAGCAGAGCUCAGACACGACCUCCCCGUCCCAGACCUAGUGAAGAACGCGCCAAAGGGCGACAUUUACAGCUCGAGCAUCUGGCUCGGACUUCAGCCGACGUAUACUCCCCUGCAUCGGGACCCGAAUCCAAACAUUUUCUGCCAGCUGCAUGGUCACAAGACCGUGCGCUUCAUGCCAAACAAGGUCGCUCUUGAUAUUUACAAACAUAUUCAAAGGAUACUGCAAAGCGGUGGGCACGCUUCUAUGAGGGGGGCAGAGAUGAUGCAGGGUCCCGAACGUGAUCUAUUGCACAAAGCGACCUGGCAUCCAGAAGCGCAGGAUGCCCAUCAUGCACACAUAUCGGAAGCAACCGUGGGGCCUGGCGAUGCGCUUUACAUACCAAAGGGCUGGUGGCACACCUUCGUUAGCCGAGGCCCAGUAGGCUCAAUCAAUGCGUCGGCGAAUUGGUGGUGCAGGUAGUCGGCAAAAGCUGCUGACGACAAGCGGCGGAGGACGUGCCCGACUCAUAGCAUGUGUUCAGAACAUCGAGGGUUGCGAGUUGUCAAGCACAAUCUAGUCUCUCUGCGCCUUUGCAAUAUGUCGAUUCCUGGAUGUGAACGUUCUCCAAGGCGAGCUCCUACGACCUGGACAUACGCAAAUCAGUG